ACACACAGAAACAUCCUUGUGGCCUUUGCUUGCACAACACAAAAGAAGCGCCAAAGAAUUUGGAUCCAAUACUCGGUCCCAUUAUCUUCCUUCCACCCAACCCAACCAAUUUGAAGGCCACAAAGCAUAACUGAACUCUCUCUCUCUCUCUCACACACACAUACACAUCACUUUCACAGUUGGGUAUUUUCGGUUUUCGUUUCUCCUCCUUUGAGCAACAAAUAUUACUUCUGUAAUAUUUGGUAAUUCUACUGUCUCUCUCCCUCUACACAACACACGCGCACACACCAACUAUUGUAACUCUCUCUCUCUCUCUCAUUCAUCUACGGAGGGUUGAUUUUUUCCGUUCUAUUUGUAUGUUUUCCUGAAACCUUUGGUGAAAAUUCAAUUCGAUUGAUGCAAGACCUCUGCAUCCCUUGGUGGGUUUUUGUGGCCAUAUGAAUUUGGUGCAUCCUUAGUGAAUUUAAUGAGAAAUUGAGAUUCUGGGGUUCUUUGUGUACCCAACUAUCCAGAUAAAAAGUGCCUAAUUAUCGAGUUAAGGUGAUAUAAGAACGAUCAUGAAUCGGCUUGCAAGUUCUGCACGUCUCAUGAUAGUUUCAGAUCUUGACCUUACGAUGGUGGAUCAUCAUGACUCUGAGAACCUUUCCCUGCUUAGGUUUAAUGCCUUGUGGGAAGCCAAUUAUCGUCAUGAUUCUCUGCUGGUGUUCUCAACUGGAAGAUCACCGACAUUGUACAAACAGUUGAGGAAAGAGAAGCCGAUGCUAACUCCAGACAUAACCAUAAUGUCUGUAGGAACUGAGAUAACAUAUGGUAAUUCAAUGGUGCCAGAUGAUGGAUGGGUUGAAUUCUUAAAUCAGAAAUGGGACAAGAAUAUAGUUGUUGAGGAAACAAGAAAAUUUUCUGAACUUACUCUUCAGUCAGAAACGGAGCAACGACCACACAAGGUUAGCUUCUAUGUUCAGAAAGACAAGGCACAGGAAGUAAUGAAGGCUCUGUCUGAGCGUUUAGAAAAACGUGGGCUGGAUGCUAAAAUAAUUUACAGUGGAGGGAUGGAUUUAGAUAUAUUGCCACAAGGUGCUGGUAAAGGGAAAGCUCUUGCUUAUCUCCUUGAAAAGUUUAAGACUGAGGACAAAUUGCCUCAUAACACUCUUGUUUGUGGUGACUCUGGUAACGAUGCUGAACUAUUUAGCAUUCCAGAUGUAUAUGGUGUCAUGGUCAGUAAUGCGCAGGAAGAAUUAUUGCAGUGGCAUACUGCAAAUGCUAAAGAUAACCCAAAAAUAAUUCAUGCGAGUGAAAGGUGUGCGGCGGGUAUUAUACAAGCCAUUGGUCACUUUGGCCUGGGUCCAAAUACAUCUCCUAGAGAUGUCACAGACUUGUCAGACUCUAAGUUGGAGAACUUCGAUCCUGCUUAUGAAGUAGUGAAGUAUUACUUGUUUUUCGAGAGAUGGAGGCGUGCAGAAGUCGAGAAUUCUGAACUAUUUGUGGCAAAUCUGAAAGCAGUUUCUUAUCCCUCUGGUGUUUUUGUCCACCCAUCUGGUGUUGAGCAAUCUCUGCAUGAGUGCAUUGAUUCAUUGAGGAGAUGCUAUGGAGACAAACAAGGAAAACAAUUUCGGGUUUGGGUUGAUCAGGUUUUACCUGAACAGAUUUGUUCAGAUGCAUGGCUAGUUCGGUUCAAGAAGUGGGAACUAUCUGGUGAAGAGUGGCAGUGUUGCAUGACCACGGCUUUAUUAAGUUCCAAGGAUGUGAGUGUGGUAGAAGGGCUCACUUGGGUACAUGUGCAUCAGACAUGGUUAAACGGAGCAGGGCCAAUCGACCAUACAACCUGGGUCUGCUAGACGUGACUCCCAAUCCAGCCCGACUUUGAAGAUCCAGCAUCUUAAUCUCUUUUUUUCUCCUAGAAUAAAUGUUUAAUACACAUAUUAUACUAUUGAUCCAUUCUAGAUGGCUUGUUAAUUACAUUACACAUAUUUCUUAUAAAGCAGAAAAUAAUUUCCCGUUCAUCUAUGUGUCUGUG